CUCUUCACAGCAUGCCCAAAGCAAGAAACGGCUCCAAGCCCAAGAGCAAGGUGUAUGCGCUGCCGAGCGCCGCGCGCCGCCAGAAGGACGGCGGCGUGCCCAAGCUCACGGCGCUCAAGAGCAAAGCGCAGACGGGGCGGUUCGCCAAGGCGAGACCUGAAAGAGUCGCGGGUCCCUCGUCGAUGCACGCGCUGGCGAGCACGUCGCGGCACGCGGGCGACAACUUUAUCGAGGCGAUCCUGGAGGACGCGGCGCCCGUAGACGCCUCGUUGACGGUCCGCGACUCGUCGGCAAAGGCGUUCAUGCGCGAGCUGCGCAAGGUUAUUGAGCGCGCGGACGUCAUCAUCCAGGUGUUGGAUGCGCGCGAUCCGGAGGGCACGCGCAGCAAGUGGGUCGAGGAGGAGGUGCGCAAGCGCGACGCGCAGGGCAAGAAACUCAUUUUCGUCGUCAACAAGAUCGACCUCGUGCCCAUCGACAACCUCCAAGCCUGGUUGAAGCACCUGAAGCACACGGCUGCUACGUGGCCGUUCAAGAGCUCGACGCAGAGCCAGAGGGGUCACUUGAGCCAGGCGACGGUGCCGCUCACGGCGCAGAGCGUGGCAGGGCAGAAGACGACGCUGCGCGAGCUCCCCCAGACCUCGUCGUCGAUGGGCGCGACCGAGCUGCUCGGCGCGCUUAAGCAGUACGCGCUGAGCACACCGCACUCGGCUCUCACCGUCGGCGUCGUCGGGUACCCGAACGUCGGCAAGUCGAGUCUCAUCAACUCGCUCAAGCGCAGCCGCGCGUGCGGUGUCGCCGCUAUGCCGGGCAAGACGCGUGUGGUGCAGGAGGUGGUGUUGGACAAGGGUGUCAAGAUCCUCGACUGCCCUGGCGUCGUCCUCGAGGAUAUCCGCGAUCUUGCGAGCGGCGACUCGAAGCGCAAACAGGCCGAGAUGAUGCUCCGCAACGCUGUCAAGGCCGAGCUCGUGGAAGAUCCCAUUGCGCCAAUGGAUGUCGUGCUCGAGCGCGCGGACCCCCAGCUGCUUAUGAAUCUCUACAACCUCCCACCGUGGGACGACACCAAGGACUUCCUCAUCAAGCUGGCGCUGACGCGCGGCCGGCUGGGGCGCGGGGGCGUCCCCGACCUUGAGGCAGCAGCUGUCCAGGUGCUCCGGGACUGGAACUCGGGCAAGAUCCCCUACUACACUCGCCCUCCCGCGGUGCAUGUGUCGAACAAGCCCCAGGAAGUGGAGGCUGGUGCGGAGGAGGAUGUGGCGAUGGACGGCGCACGUGUUGGCGACGCCAAGAUUCUCAACACCCUCAGCGAGGCAUUCACGCUCGAUGGUCUCUUCGACGAUAUUGGCGGCGAGUUGGAUGACGAGGACGAUGGGGGCUUUGUGCCUGACGAGAUGGACGACAUGGAGGAGGACGCCGCCGUCCCUCCUCCUCCAGCAGCCACUGCUCCCGCAGCGCCGGGCAUGUCGGCGUGGUCCGGCGCCUUCUCCCCUACCUCCUCAGCUGCAUCGUCUCCACGCGGCCGCGGUCGCUCCCUCUCCGCCUCCCCACCCCCCUUCCCAACUUCCACCUUCAACCCGUCCCUCAAGUUCAACCCGCAUGUCGCGUUCAAUCCACCUGCCGCGCGUGCCGUCGCGGACCCCACGCGCCUCUUCACGGCCGAGGAACGUGCAGGCCUGCCAGCGCUCGCGACGGACAAGCGCAAGGCGAAGAAGGAGGCCAAGAAGGCCAAGAAGCGGCGUGCGGCCGCCGAGCAGACCGAGGGCGAGCUCCUCCUCGGCUUCAUGGGCAUGGACGUCGACGAGGGGCAGGCGUACGAUGCCGAGCCGAGACAGGUCAGAAGCGCCAAGCAGCGGCGCGUGGAGAAGAAAACGGUCGUCAAGCCGAAGAAGCCAGUCGACAUCGAGGCGGCCAAGGAGCGCGACUUUGCGUCGUUCCUCGCGGCCAUGGGCGAGGACGAGGAGGAGCUGUAGACAUCCAGAGGAUGACCUGUGCCAUAUGUAUAAUUCAGCCAAUGCAUACUCCCAGCCUUCAGGCGAGC